AUGAUAGAAUUUACUUCUGACAAGUAUUUUCCACUUUGUACUUUUUCAUUUUCGCCUCAUGUGAAGGUAAUAGUCAUUUUAGUGAGUGCAUUUGCACUUGGAUCUUUCUUUGGUUGUGGUUUGCGAUCAACAUAUCGCCACACCAGAGGCCAACAGUUGAAUAAUAUCAAGAGCGGAUUUGCACUUGGAUUUCGCGCACUUGGUAUCGCUUCUGUUUUGUCAGUAUCCGGUGUUGGCUUAAUUGUUAUUACUGUGUCAGCAAUUCUUCGAGUUGAUUCUCCGCAACAGUUUGGUCAGAGAAUGUUAAAUUUCUUUGGCGAUCGUUUUCGUAUUGAUAAAGGAGAAAGUAUCGCAACUUUUACGGAGGUAAUUCUGGAAAUUGUUACAUGCAUUUUGAAAAUUAUGUUGAGAAUCAUUGUUAUCAUUAGGGGAUAUGCUUGUUGA